CAAUUUCUGAUUCUUGAGCUCCAAAGUUUGGGGCUUUCUGGAUUUAAAGUGAAAUUGGGAAAGUACCCAGUUGGAAUUUGGGGAUGGAGGGCAGUAAAAAACCCAAAUCAAAGGCUCCGGCAAAGAAGUCCAAAGAUAGUGUUCUUGAGCAGAAAUCUCCAGCUGAGUUUUUCGCUGAGAACAAGAACAUUGCUGGGUUUGAUAAUCCAGGGAAAUGUCUGUAUACUACUGUGAGAGAGCUUGUGGAGAACUCACUUGAUUCCACAGAGUCGAUAUCGAAGCUUCCACUGAUAGAAAUCACAAUUGAAGAUAUUGAGAAAAGCAAGUUCAAUUCUAUGAUUGGUCUUGUUGAUCGAGAUCGUGUUGAUGAGGAACUGUAUGAUGAUCAUGAGACGGCUAAGGCUCGAGAGAAACGUUUGGCAAAGGAAGCUCAAGCCCAAGAAUUACAAGAAAAGAACGCUUCCCUUGGAAAGAAAAUCAAAGAGCCUGCAGCUCCAAAGGCCAUGAAGGGUCGAGGUGGGGCUGCAUUCUACAGGGUUACUUGCAGGGAUAAUGGAAGAGGAAUGCCUCAUGAUGACAUUCCAAACAUGUUUGGACGAGUACUGUCUGGGACAAAAUAUGGGUUGAAGCAGACACGCGGAAAGUUCGGUCUAGGUGCAAAGAUGGCCUUAAUUUGGUCCAAGAUGAGUACAGGGCUUCCAAUAGACAUAUCUUCAUCAAUGAAGGGCCAAAGUUAUAGUUCUUUCUGCAGGCUGGAUAUUGAUAUUCAUAGGAACAUUCCUCAUGUUCAUAUACAUGAGAAGCGGGAUAACAAGGAUAGGUGGCAUGGUGCUGAAAUCCAAGUUGUUAUUGAGGGAAAUUGGACAACUUACCGUUCCAAGAUAUUGCAUUACAUGCGACAAAUGGCUGUUAUCACUCCUUACGCUGAGUUCAUUUUCAAAUUUGUAUCAGAUGUUCCUGAUAAAAAUGUGACCAUAAGGUUUGCACGGAGAACUGAUGUAAUGCCUCCUGUUCCACUUGAGACAAAGCACCAUCCCUCAUCUGUUGACUUAUUGCUAAUCAAACGCCUAAUUGAAGAAACUUCAAAGCAGAACCUUAUACAGUUUCUUCAGCAUGAAUUUGUUAAUAUAGGAAAAUCCUAUGCUCAACGAUUAAUUGGGGAAUUGGGUCCAGAGUUCAGUUUAAAGAUGCCUGUGAAGUCUCUAACUUCUCAGCAAAUUGUACGGAUCCAUCAGUUAUUUCGUCAAGCCAAAUUCAAUGAUCCUAGUGGUGAUUGCCUGAGUCCUGCAGGGGAAUACAAUCUCCGCCUAGGAAUUAUAAAAGAGCUGCAUCCGGAGCUGGUUGCUACUUAUUCUGGAAGUGCUCAAAUUUUUGAAGGUCACCCAUUCAUUGUGGAAGCUGGGGUCAGCGUUGGUGGAAAAGAUGUCAAACAAGGUUUGAAUAUUUUCCGAUUUGCAAACCGGAUUCCCCUCCUUUUUGAGCAAGGUGCUGAUGUUGUCACAAGGACCGCCCUUAAGAGAAUCAAUUGGAGUAGUUACAAGAUCAAUCAGACUCAGGAUAAAGUUGGUGUUUUUGUGAGCAUUGUAAGCACAAAGAUUCCCUUUAAAGGAACUGGGAAGGAGUAUAUUGGAGAUGAUAUAACCGAAGUAGCUUCUGCCGUCAAGUCUGCCAUUCAACACUGUUGCAUUCAGCUGAAAGCCAAGAUAGUGAAGAACAUUCAAGCUCGUGAGCAAAAGGAAAGAAAACGGAAUUUAAGCAAGUAAAAUUGUUUACUCAUUUUGGUCUACAUGCUUGAUUUUUCCUGAAUGAUAAUUUUAACCCUCCCUUGCUGCACAAACUGAAAAUAAGUAACCAAUUGCAGGUAUGCUGAAAAUGUUGCUGGUGCUGUGUGUGGUGUACUGAAGCAAAUGCAACAUAUACAAGCAUCAAAGAAGAGACGUUAUGAUGACAAGGAAGCAGAAGUACUUAAAAAACUGUCUACCGGGAUGAUCACAAAAGAAAUGAUCAAGGAGAAGCUUGUACAACAUGUUGAACAGGUGGACUCAGAGAUGGCAAUGGAGUUUGCUGCAAACAGCGGAGUGAGUGAGGAACCAAGAGAAUGUAUAUAUCUACAAUCUUUAGAACCUGCUGAAGAUAACUUUAUCAACUUGCAUAGUCCCCUCUUUGUCUUUCGGCUGUUCUGCUAGGAAUUUGUUGGAUACUAUUAUACUGAACAUGCAACUCAUUUUUAUCUAAUUACACGAAAUAGAAGUGCCACUGUAAUUUAUUCAGUCAAUGUUCUUUGAAUCUAAUUCCGAAAACUCUAAAGGUUGAGGGUUGCAAUCAAUGCUCUCAUUGGUC